AUGGCUUCUCCCGUCAAAGUCUUGCACGCACCCCACACGGGCAUCACAGUCCGCUCGUUGGAACGCGCCACUCAUCUUUUCCACAACAUUCUCAACCUUCCCGUGCAGCGAACAGCUCGUCUGUCACCCCCCAUCUCUACGAUAACGGGCCACUCCCAGGUCGAAAUUGAUAUUGCUAUCAUUGAACUCCCUGGGGGUCAUUGUGUUGAGCUGCUCGAAUACUCUUUGCCAGUGGAAGAGAAGCAAGUAGAGAUGAAGCCUAUGAGCUGGGAAGUGGGAAGCUGGCAUCUCUGUUUGACGGUGCAAAGUCUGGAUGACACUGUGAAGGCGCUAACGGAGUAUGAUUCUAGCUGGACGACUAUGGCCGCACCGCAGCUGUUGGAGAAAGGCCCAAAUGCCGGUCGGAGACUGGUCUACCUAAGGAACAAGGAAGAUGGAUUGAUCUUGGAACUUUUUGAGUAA